CUCAACGCUUCAUCUUCUAUUGUUUUGGAUUGCUUCUUUUCCUCAGCGCUGAGCACUCCUUCCUUAUGAAACGACCCCGCUAGCGUCCCGCAAGGGCACAGCCGUCCGAUUUCUCUCGCUCUCGAUUUCUUCUGCGGUCUUUUUCUUUUCUCUUUGUCCCUUUCUUUCGCCGUGCUUUUUGCGCCUUCGCCACGCUCACUUUUCAGGGGGGACGCCAUCAUGGGGAACUGCUCCUCUUGCCUCGGCAGCCGCCGCCGAGAUGACUACGACGAGGAUGACGAAGCUCAGCACCUCUUCGACGAGUCCAACAACAUGCAAUAUGGCAGCUUCGACCAGCAACACAUGAUGGGACAGGAGGACCCGCAAGAGGUGCAACGAGAAAUUGAGGCUUUACAGAGAGUUGUGGCCCGCACCUCGGAUAAUAUGGUCGACAUCUACGAGAUCGUACCGCAGGACAAGUCGAUCCAGCCCGUUGCUGCUCCCUAUGCGUAUGGGGGCCAAGACGCGCACAUGAACCAGUACCACAACUUGCUCUCCAAGCUCUCCUCCCACGACGAUCUCGCUUCUGUGGCGCGCAUUGAUUGGGGUACUCCGGACGAGGACACCAUCGAGAUGCAGCAGGGUCCUGUGCCCAUCAAGGUUGACGGCACUGACGCUCUAAUCGGCAACUUCGCUGAUGCUGCCGCCGCCAUGCGCUGAGCUCACCUCGUCAGCCGGAUGGCCCGCUGUUCCCCACUCGAGACAACCCUCACCUGAUGGGCCGGCCGGACCACUUUUGGACCCGUGACUGGCCAAGAGGAGGGGUGACCCUUACCAGCUGACGACCGUUCCAUUCCCUCGGGACCUUCAACUGCACCCCCACCUCGCCCAGGGUCACCCCCCUGACUUCGCUUCGACUGAUGUUCAAAAACGUCGCGUCGAGAUUUUCGCGGAGACGCAAAACGGAUCGCUUCAGACAGUUGAUACCCAUGGGGCCGUGCAACCCCUUUUCUGUCUCAUUUCCGACGGCAACGUUGAGGCCGUGGAGAGAAUUCUGAUGCCCUGGAUAGUGGGGACGUCGAGAUGUUAUUGGAGGGAUGCGCUUCUGCAGUCUGUACCCAGCCGUGCCGCCUAAACCAAUCAAGAAGCCCCUGUUUAUUGUG